AGUCGAACCCAAAAUUAGUGCAAUUCCAGGCCACCGACUGAGCAGAUCUACCAUCCGAGAUGCAGAUAAUCCAUAUAAUAACCCUCGGAUUGGGACUGAUAUUUACUGGCAUUCAAGCAGCUAUUAUACCCCUUACUCUGAUCAAAAGUGGAGUGGAAUCGAAUCAGGCGUUUCCCCUUAAUACGGAGAAAUUUGGUUACUUGGAGGUAAAACCGAAUGGUUCACUGAUUUUGAGAAGAGCUCCCAAUCAAAGUGGCAGCAACCUACAGAAUUUAAUAAUGCUUCGAGGAGUGCUUCAAGCUCUAAAGAUAAAUCCCUCAAAGAUUUCCGAGAAUGAUGGCGUAACCCGAUUGGAUUUCAAGAUCUACGGCGAUGGAGUGGAGCACAAGUUUCCGCCAAUUUUGGAGAACAUCAUCCAACGCAUUCAAACUUACUUUUCGGUCUAUCGCUAUACGGAUACCAGUAAACCUCUCCAGCGAAUUGAUUCCACUACCGAAAAGGCAGAGAAUUCUCAGGAGUUAACCACCUUGAAAUCGGAGGAUGAAGACGAUUUGAUAGUCGUGGGAGAACAGGAUGCCUACAUUACAGUGGGAGAAGAUGCGAAUUAAUCCUCGCCCUAUUUAUUAUUUUAUUUAUUCCAAUAUCUGUGUAAGUGAAUAAA